AUGCUAGAAGAUGGAUUUACUAAGCCUAAUACGAUCAUAGCUCAAGUUUUUAGGACAAAGAAAGAUAACCUCUUUGAUUUUGCUUUAGUGGAUGCCGACAAGUUAAAUUAUGGGAAAUACCACGAACGUUUGCUAAAACUUGUCAAAGUUGGAGGAGUUAUUGCAUAUGAUAAUACGCUUUGGUCUGGUAGUGUAGCUGUUCCAGUGAAUCCAUCCUAUCCCGAGGAGUUCAUUGAAGUGAGAAACCUUCAAGUGAAGUUUAAUGAUUUCUUAGCUGCUGAUUCUCGCAUUGAUAUAUCAUAA